AUUCGUGGGCAUUCCAUUUGUUUUCGUCGUCCAGCAGGAGGGUGAGGGUGUGGCUAGCUUCUUCAGCUUCAGCUCCAGCUCCAGGAGCAGCAGCGGCAGCUGCUGCUUCCAGUUUCUCCACAGCAUCAAAGGGACCCCCCUCUCCCCCUCCCCCUCCCUCUCCCUGAUCCCCUGUUCCACCCCGUCUUCCCUCCCUCCCUCCCUCUCUCCGCGUCUUGACCUUCUCUCCUCUCUGCCACCUCCUCGCUCGAGGUGGCGCAUCCGAAACAAAAAGUCUUCUUCUUCUUUAUAUUUUUUCCUACCACCAUUCCCCCCUCGCGAAGCACAGCAUAGCCCAGCCCGGCACUGCGCUGCCGGGUCCUGCAUUGUGCUCGCUCGGCUCAUUCUUCUCGGCGACGACGAGGUCUUCGCUGCAACCGUGAGUGGAGAGAGCUGACGGAUUCAGAGCCCGAGCAAGAAAGGAAGGGAGGGGCAGCAGUAUCGUCGUGGUGGUUAUAGUAAUACUAGUAGCGACAGCAGCAGCAGAGCAUCGAUAGUACAGUAGUAGUAGUAGUAUUGGUGGUGGUGGUAGUAUCGGUGAAGGAGUCCGAGAUCCAUGAGCGAAUGGACGACAUACGAAGGACAGCGGAUUCGUGUUUCCGCCGCAUUCGAUAGAUUGUGUGCCAGGUAUGUGAAGAGUUUGGGUUGCUAGACAGUGGCGAGCUCGGAGCUCGCGGGCAGGUCAGAAGAGGACAGCAGCAGCAGCAGCGGCCUGGGUGCGCUCGCUCGAUGAGGGAGACACGGAGGUGAAGGAGAGGAGCCAUGGGAGUGCAAGAGCUGCGACAUUGUUCGAAUCCGACCCGCCCAGCCAUGGGGUGGAGUAGGAGCGGCCUCGUGCAGGAUUUGAGCCAGCAAUGCAGAUUGAGCUCGAGCAUCAGCAGCGGCGAGCGCGUUCGUGACGAUGCCGCAGCGGGACGUGGCAAGGAGAUGAGGAUCGUGUUGCUGCAAGUGGUGGCGCUGGUGGGUGGUGGUGGUGGAGGAGGUGGUGGCGGCGUUGGUGUUAGACUAGCGAGUAGCGGUCAGUCCGGUAGGCAAUAAUAAUCAGAACAAUAAUAAUAAUAAGAACUCGAUGACGACGAAGCGCUGGGGCGAUUCGCGAGUGCUUCAGCCCGGCAACAACAUGAGGAGCGCGCUCCUCUCUCUGGCGGUGGCAUUUCUGGUUCUGAGCUCGUGCUGCGUCGCGGCCUUCCCACGGAACAUCGGCGUCCCCGUGCCUUACGGUGAGCCCUGCGCAUUCUCGCACCUGUACCCCAAGCCCAAAGGCCUGUCGGUACACGCCGAAUGCCCCUCUCCUUGCGCGUUUCGCUGGAAGGACCCUGUCGCCGCCGGCGCCCAGGACAUUAGCAGUAGCAAUAACGAUUUGGGCCAGCUGCACCUCUCGAACGGAGCAGCAGCUGAAGUAGUAGUGCAGCACGAAGUAGAGUCGGAGUUUGAUCGCAGCCCCCCGCAGACACAGACACAGGUACAGGUUCAGAUAGAAACACAGAAACAGAGCAGCAGCAGCAGCAGCAGGGAAGCAGAGGGCGAUGGAGCUUUGGAGCAGCAGCAGCGGCUGGAGCGAGAGGCAGGAGGAGGAGGAGGAGGAGGAGGAGAAUGGGGGCCGGCUCGAAGGAGGCUGCUGCUGCGGGGGGAGGAAGACUGCACGAAUUCUCGGGGGAGCGAGUGCGGGGGCGCAUUGCGGAGGCACCUGGCGCAGUACGGCGGGGGCUACGACGCUUACAGCCCCGAUCCGUCGGCGAGCCAGUACCUGCCCUACGACACAUCGUCGAGCGCCGAGGCGCAGAUUCUCAUGAGCCUCAAGAGCGGGCUCAACGACGCCGCAUCGAACGCGCUGGCCAACUGGAACUUCACGGUGCAGCCGCAGUUCUGCAACUGGACCGGCAUCGUGUGCGACCUGAGCAACCAGCACGUGGUGUCCAUCAACCUCGCGGGCCGCAAGCUCGGGGGCUACAUCAGCGCGGGCCUGUCGGGGCUGCCUCUGCUCGCCACGCUCGACAUGUCCUACAACCGCCUCGAGAGCAGCAUUCCCGCCGACCUCGUGAACGCGUCGGUCCUCGUGGCCCUGGAUCUGAGCUACAACAUGCUCACGGGCAGCGUGCCGGCAUUCGGCCGCAGCACUCCGAUUCUGGGCUCGCUGAACCUGAUGAAGAACAAGCUGAGCGGCGGCAUUCCUGCGUCGCUCGGCGAGUGCCUGGAGCUGACGAGCCUCGACCUGCGGCGCAACCGGCUUCGUGGCACCAUUCCUUACGAUCUGGGCGCUCUGACCAAGCUGCAGCUUCUGUAUCUGAACAACAAUAAAUUGGACGGCGCAAUGCCGGUCUCGCUGGCCUACUGCACCUCGCUGCUGGCCCUCGACAUCGGCUGGAACCAGAUCACCGGCUUCAUCCCGGACGACUUCAAGGCCCUGACGAAUCUCGAAGGCCUCUACCUCUACGGGAAUUUCAUGACCGGGCCCCUGCCCGACUGGCUGGCCUCGCUCCCCAGGCUCUCGUACCUGCACUUGUACGCCAAUGAGUUCUCCGGGCGCAUCCCGUCCGACCUUGGCACGUCCAAGGUUCUGCAGUCGAUCAACCUCUCGAAUAACAGCCUGACUGGGCCCGUACCGGCGUUUCUCAGCAGUAGCCCCGAUUUGUACGAGAUCGAUCUGUCGGUGAACAAUCUCACCGGAUCCAUUCCUGCCGACUACGGGACUCUGACCAAGCUCCGCGAGCUGCGCCUUGAGAGCAACCAGCUGGACGGCGAGAUCCCGGCCUCGCUGAGCGGCUGCCCCGAGCUCGUCACGGUCGCUCUCUCGGGCAACAAUCUCACGGGGCCAAUCUUCGAGCUGGACCAGCUCGUGAACCUGAGGAGGCUGAGCUUGGAGGAGAAUUUCCUGACGGGCUCCAUUCCGGACUCGGUGACGUUCUGCACCAAUCUUUCGGAAUUGAACCUCUCGAGAAAUUCGCUCACGGGGUCCAUCCCGGCGGAAUUGGGCAAUCUCAGGAACCUGUCCACUCUCGGGCUCUCGCACAACAAUUUGAGCGGGCUCGUGCCCGCCUCCUUGGUCCAGUGCACGGCGCUCGAAUGGCUGGGGCUCGCCGACAACAACCUCACGGGCCAGCUGCCGGAGGAUCUGGGUUUGCUGCAAUCUCUGAUGUACAUAGACUUGAGCCGCAACUCGUUCGAAGGGAGCCUGCCCCAAGAUCUGGGCAAUUUGACAAAUCUGCAGUACCUGAAUCUGGAGCGGAACUCGUUCGAGGGCCCCAUUCCGGAAUCGCUCGGCAAUCUCCUGCAGCUGCAGGUCCUGUCCCUGGGGUACAACGAGCUGGAAGGAGCCAUUCCUUCGCAGCUCUCUGCGCUCAGCGGCCUUCAGUCGCUCACCCUCAACGACAACAGCCUGAAUGGCUCGAUUCCGGGCGGUUUGGGGAUGCUGCAGAGCCUGAGCGUGCUGUAUCUGCAGGGCAACAGGCUGUCGGGGUCCAUCCCGCUGAGCCUGAGCAACCUCACGAGCCUGCAGGACCUGGCCCUGGGCGACAACGAGCUCGAAGGGGGCAUUCCUGCGGCGCUUCUGCGGGGGCUGGCCGGGCUCGUGGCCAACUUCUCGCUCGGCCAGAACCGGCUGAGCGGCCCCAUCCCGGACGAGAUUGGUCUGCUGUCCAUGGUGAAGUCGAUCAAUCUGGCGAGAAACGAGCUGAACGAGAGCAUCCCCGAGAGCAUCGGCAAUUGCUCGGCUCUCCUGCGGCUGGACCUGUCGUCUAACAGGCUGAGCGGAGCUCUGCCCUCGUCCCUGGGCAACCUGUCGAAAUUAGAAGUCCUGAAUGUGUCGCACAACGAGAUCGACGGCGACAUCCCGUCGGAAUUGGGCAAGCUCGGGUCCCUAGUGGACUUGGACCUGUCUGUGAACAACGUGUCGGGCCCCAUUCCUCAGUCUCUGACCAGCCUCCAGAACCUGGCCUUCCUCAAUGUGUCGGACAACAACCUGUCGGGCGAGGUGAUGAUGCUGGGCGCAUUCCAGCACCUCUCGGCAGCUUCCUUCUUGGGAAAUCCGGGGCUCUGUGGGGCCAUCUUACAGAGGAAGUGCAACGAAGCGCCUGCUCCGUAUGGAUCGUCCGGGGGCAAGAGUGUAAGUAUGUGGAUUUACAUUGGUGUAGCAAUCGGUGCAUUCAUCAUUUUAGCCAUAUUGGCAGUAGCUUUAUUUCUUUGGUGUAGAUCGCCAUACCCCAUGGGCCAACCGCAGGGCCACAACAGAGGAAGCAUCAUAGCCAGAAGCGAGCUGUUCUACCCUCAGCUCAGAUUCACGGCCCAAGAUCUGAAGCUGGCCACGGAGAAUUUCUCGGAAGUCAAUAUUCUCGGAGUCGGAUGCAUGAGCCAGGUUUACCGAGGUGUGCUUCCGGAGCUCGUGCUGGUGGCCAUCAAGAAGUUGAAGAUUCCCAGUGGCAAGGACAUCCCGUCGGGCUUCGUACACGAGCUCGAUGAGCUGGGCAGGUUGAGACACAAGCACUUGGUGGCUGUGCUGGGCUACUGCUUCGACUCGGAUCUCAACGCUCUGGUGGUGCAGUUCAUGUCCAACGGGAGCUUGGAAGAGCACCUCCAUCGAGGGAAGACGUGUGAUCUGGAUUGGGCUGCACGAGUAAAAAUUGCGGUUGGGGUGGCCAAAGCCUUGACUUACUUACAUCAUGAGUGUGGCUCUACUAUUGUACACUGCGACCUCAAACCCAGUAAUAUCCUCCUGGAUGCCGAGUUUGAACCUCACCUCGAAGACUUCGGAUUGUCGAGACUAAUUUUCGCCCACAAGCUGAUCGAUAUGUCCGACUCAUCUUUGGGCAACUCCGUGGGCUAUUUUCCCCCAGAGAUGUGGAGUCCAUCAGAGUCAUCUUCGGAUAUCGCAGCUGCAUCUGAGCAGUUCAAAAAAUACGGCUUUUCAGCAACAGUGUCUCCCAAAGGAGAUGUGUACAGUUACGGUAUAACUCUACUGGAGAUGCUGACGGGAAAGAGGCCAUCAGGUGACAUGUUCGGGAAUGAGAUGACAAUCAGGAAGUGGUGUCAAGCGUCGUAUCCUGAGAGGACGCAGGACAUCUUAGACCCGAACCUUCUGGCACCGAAGGUGGGAACAUCGGGGUCCGGUCUGACAGGCUCGAACUUGAAGCAGAUCAAUCUGUUCAUGAAAGUGGCUCUCAUGUGCACGAGGGAGAUCCCAGAGGAGCGCCCGACCAUGAGACAUGUGGUGGACAUGCUGAGGUGAGAAGCCGUGGUCACCUCCCGUUCACUUUCACUCGGGCUGCUGCCACUUCUCACGACGACCCUGCCUCUGCUCCACUCCACAUCCACCGAGAAGCGAACGGAAGCUCUUCUCUUGCACGGCCUGAGUGCGACCGGUGGGAGCCCUUUGAUGAUGUCACACUCCCUCGAUUUCCUUCGUAGUGUCUUCGUUCAUCAUCGAGGUGUCAGGUGGGGGGUUCGUUCCGGAAGAAGUGCCUAGUCUCACCAUAUUGUCCGUGAGCCCGGCAAUCCAGAGCUCAAUCUAGCGAGUGUGUGCUUGCGGGCAGCGUGCUGUACAUGAACAAGAAGAAGAGGAAGGGAUGGGCCGCACUCUUAAAAUGGUUUUUUGUUCCUUGGUUUGGUUUACUACCAAGUUAAAGACACAGAAGGGGUUGAAGUGCUAUCACCCCACGGUCUCACCACCAAAGGGAGAUUGAGAGCGAGAGUGAUAUGGAGAGGUGGAGAGAGUGAGAGAGAGAGCGAGAGAGAGAGAGAGAGAUUGGACCUUAUGUGUAUUUGUAACAGAAAUAAUGGCCUCCAAAAAUGUGAUGGAGGGUGAAAAUUGACGGCUUGAUUAAGCUAAUUCUUCCUAGGAGAGGAUCAGCGAGACAAGUUUGUAAGCCUUGGUUGCUGUCAUCAGAAGAACGAGGGCGCUCUGUUUUACAAAAUGGUUAAGGGAACUCAGUUUGUGAGAUUACAUCUAGACAGGUCUGUAAUUAUGAUAGACAGUUUUGCCUCCUGAAUUCGGGAGGGUGAAAGUUGCAAAGGUUCGAUUGAGCCCAUUAGUGAUUUGUAAAGUGAUUCAUGCUUAGGAGAUUCAA